AACGUCUGUCUGAUAUUAAAACAGAAGAUACAGAGGGAGAAGAAGAGACGCAUGUGACUGAUAUAAAGGCAGAAGAUAUAGAGGGAGAAGAAGAGACGUAUGUGAGGGGUGAUCAGCAGUAUAAGGAGGAGGAGAUCCCUACAGAUAUCAGCACAGAUGGACACACAAGCAGGAAUAUCUCAGAAGGACAUCUAAUGUUAUCCCCGGAUUGUGACAUAAGAGAUAGUGACAGUAGAGAGGAUUCUCCAGGAGAUAAUCCCAUUACCCCAAUUAUACAUCCAGCUCUAUCAGUUGAUCCCUCUGAUCCUGGGAAAUGUUCUCCUGAUCACUCUGAUAUUGGUGCAUAUGGUACAGCUCUGACAGUAGAUACAGUGUUUCCGUGUUCUAUAGAUGCCAAAUGUUUUACACAGAACACAAAGCUUAUUACCCAUCAACCAGCUAAGGCAGGUGGAAGGCCAUUUCCAUGCUCUGAGUGUGGGAAAUGUUUUACACUGAAAUCAGAUCUUGUUCUACAUGUGAAAAUGCAUACAGGUGUUAGGCCAUUUCCGUAUUCUGAGUGUGGAAAAUGUUUUAUACAAAAAUCAGCUCUUGUUAUACAUGAGAGAAGUCACACAGGUGAAAAGCCAUUUCCAUGUUCUGAGUGUGGGAAAUAUUUUCUACAUAAGUCACAUCUUGUGAGACAUGAGAGAAGUCAAACAGGUGAGAAACCAUUUCCAUGUCCUGAAUGUGGGAAAUGUUUUCUAGAGAAAUCACGUCUUGUUAUACACGAGAGAAGUCACACAGGUGAGAAACCAUUUCCAUGUCCUGAGUGUGGAAAAUGUUUUGUACAGAAAUCAGAUCUUGUUACACAUAAGAGAAGUCACACAGGUGAGAAACCAUUUCCAUGUACUGAGUGUGGGAAAUGUUUUCUACAGAAAUCACAUCUUGUUAUACAUGAGAGAAGUCACACAGGUGAGAAACCAUUUCCAUGUUCUUAGUGUGGGAAAUGUUUUUGUACAGAAAUCAGAUCUUGUUAUACAUCAGAGAAGACACACAGGUGAAAAACCAUUUCCAUGUUCUGAGUGUGGGAAAUGUUUUCCACAGAAAUCAGAUCUUGUUAUACAUGAGAGAAGUCACACAGGUGAAAAGCCAUUUCCAUGUUCUGAGUGCGGGAAAUGUUUUCUACGGAAAUCACAUCUUGUUAGACAUAAGAGAACUUACACAUGUUCUGAGUUUGAGAAGUAAAUCAGCUGUUUCACACAAUAGACUUCACACAGGUGAGGAACCUUUGUAGUCUCAUCAUCACCAUUGCCAUGCAAUGUUCCUCAAGGUCCUGUCCUAUCUCCUAUGCCUUUUGCAAUAUACAUGCAGCUACUGUGUAAAACAAUCAGAUGUCAUGCCCUGGUCUACCACUGCUGUGCCGAUGGCCUCUCUUUUGCUCUGUGUACUCGUGACCCAAUACCAAUCCUAAGUGGCUGUUUAGCUGAGCUCCAGGUGUGGGUGAUACCAGUUGGCUGGGACUCAGUUGUGGUGAAACGUCCUUAUAAUAGAGUCUCGUGAUAGGGAUACGGUCUGACUGUCACGUUCCUGGUACACACCUCCGCUCUGCCUAAUAAUGAUUGCCAAUUUACAUAUGGGCAGCUGUGCCAGUGUCACCCCAUGUCUGUAUCUCACAGGCUGUCACAUAAGCCCCUAUAUCUGUUGUAGAAGCAGUAAUCAGCCUUGGGCACAAUUUUAUAUAUAUAUAUAUAUAUAUAUAAAAAGUUUCUAAUGCCCGGCACUCCUGGUCCUUGUCGUCAAUUGCCUGGGUGCCCUCCGCUCUGGAUCGGGUAACACUUAGA